AUGCCGAACUGGAAGGAUGAGUAUCUCGCGGAACUUCUCCAGGCCGAGAAGAACAACCCCGUAAAUAUGGAGCUUGUGGAAGCCUGCUCCCAACUUGUUGACCGAGCGAGCGGGAAAAAGUCCCGAAAAGAGCCAGAGCCGGCGAGUACUAGUGAUGACUAUACUUUGACACAACUUCAACGCGACCUCGCCGAAGCCCUGCGGUCAAAGGGCUUUUUUGAAUCCAGGGCUAAGGCGGCCGAGGCAGAGCUGGCAAAGCUCAAGAGCAGCUCCAAGAACCACGACAAGACCGUGAGGGAGCUCAAUGCUGAUAGGAACAAGAUUAUGACCAAGCUCAAGGACAGGGACCACGAGUUGCGAGAGCAACGCAAGCUUUCCUCGAACAUCCAAGAUGAAAUGAUUGCCUUGAAUCUUCAGCUAUCCGUCGCCGAAAGCGAGCGCGAUCGGGUCAAGAAAGAGAAUAGGGAUCUAGUCGAGCGGUGGAUGAAAAGUAAAGGUGCCGAGGCAGAUAAGAUGAAUAUUGACAACGAGGCGCUAUUUGAUGCGAGCAGAUAG